AUGGCGACCAGCAAGAAGAUGGCUGUGGUGAUGGUGUUCAUGGCUGCCGUGCUGCUGCUGGCAACUGUGGAGUCGGCGGCGGCGGCCACUGCCACGCCCUCCGACUCCAACCAGCAGCUGGGGCUGGGGGCAACAAGAAAGCUACUCCAGAUCUUCAAAGACACAUGCGGAGGACAGGGUUGUAGCUCGUCUCUAGAUUGUUGCCUUGCUAGCCCUCUUUGUAAUGGGAACAUAUGCUCGACCAUUCUCCAGUAG